AUGCUUCAUAGAUUUAAACUUCUACAUUUAGAAACUGAUCUUCUUGUAACAGUACACAAAAAUCAAUUCAAUUUUACUUAUCUUAAUGAUUCUGAGUGGGAAAGAAUUAAUACUAUGAUUGAUCUUCUUCAUCCAGUUCUUGAAGCAACAGAAUAUCUCUCAAGUAUUUCAUACCCAACAAUUUCAGAUGUUUGCUUAACUAUUGGUGGGCUUAUUCGACAUUUUGAUCAAUUUAUUGAUAGAUCACAAUUGGAAGAAGAAGAAGAGUAUCUGGUUGCAGAUUCUAUACGUUACAAAUUAAAUGAAUAUUGGUCUCUUCUUGAUGAGAAAAUUACAAUAGCUGCAAUUCUUGAUUAA